CGAGCUGCCACUCACUUUCAUUUUUUAUCCAAACAACUAAUGUAUAUUUAUUGUAGGUACGACCAUAGUAAAAUUGAAAAUAUUAAUACGUUGUACGUGUUUAUAGUAUUGUGUUGAAUAUUUCAAUUAUUGUUUUUUGAAAAUCGUUUGGUAACUACAACUCUGUGGUUACGGUUUUUCGUAAUAGCGUAUACCUAAUAAUUCACUUUAUAAUAUUUUCAUUUUGUUCAGAUGACUUGAACAUACUUUACGGACAAUGUUUUUAUUGAAAACAAUUGUCAUCUUGUUAACGGUAUUGCAUAUCAUUGCGGCACAAUGCAAUACUGAUCAAUUUAUCGAGUUUAACUGUAAAGAUUCAAGCUGUAAGGGUGAGUGCUUUUGAGUACCAACAUUGCUAAGCCCUAGACCACAAAGAAAGGGUUAACUUAAAAGUUUUUUUUGAAACUUAACAUUCAUCUACAUUGCCUGUAUAUAUUAUGAAAUUAUUAAUAUUUAUUACAUUAUAACAUAAAUUUUAACUAUAAUAUUUAGGUAUAAUAUUUUUAAUAUGGAAACUAUACUAAAACUUAUAAGGUCUAAUUUUUCUACCAACUGAUACAUAGGUACAUAUUAAUAUAGUUCUACCUGUUACUUGGUUUAGAACAUAGAAAAAAAAAAUGUAUGAUAAAGUGUACUACACAUUCCACCUAUGCACAAUAAAUAAUUUGAACCUUUGUAGAUAAGAUUAGAUUUACCUUAAUCAAACUAAUUAUAUGUUUUUUUAUCUUAGAUGGAGAUACAACAGGUAAAAUGAAAACCAAUUUAGGAAAAUUAAUUGAUGUAACAAUUAUUGGUUAUUCUGUUGACAAAUUCUUAGUAAAAUAUAAGGUAAUGAUUAAACAAAUAGAUAAUAACUUUUAAUUUAGUUUUAAUCAUGUGUGUUCUAUUUGUUUUCCUAGGAUUCAUUUUCGAUAAUUAAACAUUCUGAAAUUCAUAGAUCCGAUUUUUCAAAAAUGAAAUUUAAAGAAUAUAAUUUUAAAGUAAAUAUUCAUAAUACGACUUACAAAACUUGUGAAUCAAGCAAUCAAAAUAAUGAUAGUCCUAAUGAUUCAAAUAUUGCUCAAAUUAGUAAAAAUGUUGAUACACAUCAUAUGAAUAAUAUUAGUCAGAAUGCAAAAUUUAGUAAAGAUGAAAUCACAAAAAAUCAAAAUCAAAAUAGUGAAACAGAUUCCAUCCAUGGAUUUGUUAAAAAAGAUAACUCAGAUGAAAGUAUACCGAUUAAAAACUCGGAAGAUGAACCAGAAGAUAACACUACCAAAACAAGCUUGUCUACAAAAAAUUUGAAUGCUGACGAUGAUUUCUCAAAAGAAACAAAUCAAAUGAAUAUUGCUAAAUCAACAAAUUCUCAAAAAUUUGAAAACGAUUCUUCAACUAAAUGCCCUUUAGGUUCAUGUGAUACACAUGCUGCAGAAAAUAUUAUUCCAGUUAAUGAGGAUAAUUUACAUCAAAAACAAAAUAAUCAUAAAUCAAGUGCUCAAUAUGAUGAGAAAAUAGAAAGCUUAAAAAAAGAAUCAGUUAUUAAUGUACAACAGCAAAAUACUAAAAUAAAUGGUUUACCGGAUAGUGACUAUAAUAUAGAUGAAUCAAAUAUUUCAAUUUCUAAUGAACGAAAAAAUAUAGAGAAUUCAGGAAGCAUUGAAACAUCACAAAAUGACGAGAAUGCAGAUACAUCAAAAGAACCAGGUAAUAAUGAACAACAACAAAAUUAUAAAACUGAUGGUUUACCAGAUAUUGACAAUAAUACAGAUGAAUCAAAUAUUUCAAUUCCCAAAGAACAAAAAAAUGUUCAGAAUCCAGGAAGCAUUAAAACCUCACUAAAUGAUGAGAAUUUAGAUACAUCAAAAAAACCAGGUAACAAUGGACAACUGCAAAAUUAUAAAAUAGAUGGUUUACCGGAUAGUGACAAUAAUACAGAUGAAUUAAAUAUUUUAAUUUCUAAUAAACAAAAAAUUGUUCAGAAUCUAGAAAGCAUUGAAACAUCACAAUCUGGUGAGAAGGUGAAUACAACAAAAGAACCAGGUAAUAAUGAACAACAACAAAAUUAUAAAACAGAUGGUUUACCAGAUAUUGACAAUAAUACAGAUGAAUCAAAUAUUUCAAUUCCCAAAGAACAAAAAAUUGUUCAGAAUCUAGAAAGCAUUAAAACCUCACAAAAUGAUGAGAAUGCAGAUACAUCAAAAAAACCAGGUAACAAUGGACAACUGCAAAAUUAUAAAAUAGAUGGUUUAUCGGAUAGUGACAAUAAUACAGAUGAAUUAAAUAUUUCAAUUUCUAAUAAACAAAUAUUUCAAUUUCUAAUAAACAAAAAAUUGUUCAGAAUCUAGAAAGCAUUGAAACAUCACAUUUCAAUUUCUAAUAAACAAAAAAUUGUUCAGAAAAUUUCUAAUAAACAAAAAAUUGUUCAGAAUCUAGAAAGCACAAAAAAUUGUUCAGAAUCUAGAAAGCAUUGAAACAUCACAAAAUGGCGUGCAGGUGAAUACAACAAAAGAACCAGGUAAUAAUGAACAACAACAAAAUUAUAAAACAGAUGGUUUACCGGAUAUUGACAAUAAUACAGAUGAAUCAAAUAUUUCAAUUUCUAAUGAACGAAAAAAUGUCGAAUUAAAUACACCAAUGGAUGAGAAAACCGAAAGCCCUAAAGGAUUCAUGAAUAAUGUACAUCCCCAAAACUCUAAAAUUAAUAGCUCUCCACAAGACAUCACUGAAGUAGACAAUGAAAAUUUAGGAAAGACAAAAGAUUCUCCUAUUAAAAAGAAAUUAAAACAAGUUGAAUCUAUAAGUAUUGUUGCAUCUUUUGGUCACCCUGAUACCUGCAGUGGAGUUAACUGUCUCAAAAAUAAGAAAAAUGCAUUUAAACCGGUCCAUAUUUUAAAUCCUAUACCUAAACAAGUAAACCUGGAGGAUACUUCUCAUUUAACAAUUACUGACUUUGAAAAACAAAAAAAAUAUGAUAUUAGUGAUAAAAUAACUACUGAAAAAUCGAGUGUAGAAAGUUUCAGUGAUCAUAUUAUAAAUGGGCUAUUUUCACCUACAUCAAAUUCAUUCAAUUUUCUAUGGAACAUGUUUGGUGAUUAUUCUAAUGAAUAUAAUGGUGAGUAAUAAUUAAUUAUUGUAAUCUUAUAAUAAAAUAAAAAUCUAAUGUUACCAAUGACAUCAAAAUCUAAAAUAAUAUGUGUGAUAUGAAAUAUUGUAUAUUCUAUCACAGAAAUAAAAUAUUCAUUAAUUUUAGAUUAAAUUCUAGUAAAGAAGCUAUUGUUCUUACUAAAAUGUCUUUCUUUUUUUUAUACCUUAAAAUUUUAAGGAUUUUUUUAGUGUAGUAAGUAAUUAGAAAAAUAAUGUGUAUGGCCCUUACAAUUUCUAUAAAGUAUACAAAUAAACAAAUUUCAAUAUAUAGAUUUUAUUUUGGUAAACUAAAUUACCCUGUAGAUAUUGCCUUCUUAUCUACUCACCUACAAUAGUAGUCUAUGUGUGAUUUGUACAUGUUUUUUUUUUUUUGAUUAAGGGCAACUAUUUCAAAAUGAUAAUCCAAUAGAUUUAAUUUGUAUAGUGUUAAAUUAAUUAUUUUUACUUAUUUGUUUUAUAAUGUGGGACAAGCUUUAAGUACAUGUGGCUAUACAAUUUAAUAUUAUAUAUGAAGUGAGGGGUCCAAGUUGACGGCACUUAUAAUGUGGAAAGUUACAGUUAACCAAGUUAUUUGUAGAAAAGUGUGAGAUAAGGAAAAAGUAGAGAAGAGCAGUUGAGACUGAGAGAUUUGUAUUCUAGUGAUUGAUUUAAAUAACAUAUUUUAUACAUUUUCAUAAAUUAAUUAAAAUAUUUGUAUUCUACUGAGCAAAGUAAUCCAUUAUUGUGAUGUUAUUUUAAAAUAAAAAAUCUGUGAGAACAAGUCAAUUACUAAUAAGUAACUAUAUUCAAAUAUAUAAUAAAAAUUAAGCAUUGUAUAAAGUAAAAAUAAACCAUAUUCAGAAAAUUGUUUUAAUAUGGGCUACUAAUUAAAAGUUUAUAUUAUUACAGAUAAAUAUCCUGACCAAAGUCAAGAAAAUCAAGUGGGUUUAUAGAUAUUAUUAAUAACUAAUUAUUACAAUUUAUUAUUUAAACUAGCUAAACUAAUACUGUUGAAAAAUUAUUUUUUAGAAAAUGUUUGAAUACAAAGAACAAACGAAUAAUUCAGAACUGUAUUUUGUUAUUGCGGAUUUAGUAACAAUACUAAUUGUAGUAUUUUUAAUAUUUCAUUAUAAAUAUCAAGUAAUUACAUACAUUCAAUUAAUUAUACCCACAAAUAUUCAGUAAUUUAAAACUAUAUAGUUUAAUUAAAAUUAAAAUUAUUUCAUCACUUUAAAUUUAUAAAUCUUUGUGGAACAUUGGGCCUAAGUUAAUUAUUAUUUUUUUUUUUUUAAUAACACAAAAUUCAAUUUAAACAUAAUGAAACAAACAAUUUGUUAUAUGAUUUGUAUUUAUAUCAUUUCAUUUUAUUUAAUAUAUGCACCCUGAAUUUGAGUAUAAAGUCAGUACAACUAUAUAUAUAAUUAAUUUAUAUAUUUAUUUGUGUUUUUAUUAGAAAGGAACACAUGCAAAUGAUUUAUUAACUUCGUUGGCGGCCAAAGAUCAGUACUUGUUAAUUAUAGAAAAAGAAUUAUCAUUAUUGAAAGAACAGAGAGUUGGAAUUAAUACGAAAUCAGUGAGUUUCUUAUUAUAAUUAAUUAUAUACUUGUAAAUAUAUUUGAAUGAUUUAUUUGGUUUUUAGAUAGAAACAAUUUCUGAAAUUGAAUCCUUGAAUGAACAAUUGGCUAAAUCAGAGGUGGUUAUUUUAUAUUUUUUAAAUUUUGUUAAGUCUAUACUUUAUUAUAAAAUGUUUGAUUAUAAAUAAUCAUUUUUUAUUCAGGAUAUAAUAUCAACUCAAGAAUUCCGUAUUCAAAAACUUGAACAAGAAGUUGAAGAAUUAACUGAGAGUGGUAUGGAAAUGCAUGCAUUAUUGUCUUCCGCAUUAGAAUCUAGUUCUAAAAAUAAUGAGAAAUAUAGUGCUCUUAAAGAAAAAUUGGUUGAUUCUCAAAAUUUGGUAACAGCUCUUACUAAAAAGGUAGUUUCAUUUUUUUUUUCUUUUAAUAAUUACUAUUCAGUAUUGUAAAGUUUUAAUAAUAUAUAGUCUAUAAAUAUUGUUUAUGUUCUUUUCAUCUAGAAUUUUAACAAAACUACAGAAUUAGAAAAAAAAAAUGAUAUUAUAAAAACUCUUCAAACUACAGUUGAUGAACUAACAAACAAAAAUAUUUGUUUGGUUGAAGAUAAUACUAAAAUAUCUUUCCAAAAAGAUCAAGUGAGUAAAAAUAUUAUUACUUUACGAGAUUGUUUUUUUUACUAUCAAUUAUAACAAAUAUAACCAGAAAUAGAAAAAAAAAUGUUUUGUCAUUAAGUUUACAACUGGUGAAAUAUUAACUACAAUGGUUUUCAGUUUUUUUUUUUCGAACAUUAUUAAAUUGUUAAAUGCUUUAAUGAUUUAAUAUAUAAUAUCUGUAUAAUGUUACCCUUAUUUUGUAUACCCUAAAUAUAUAAACUAUUCAAUUUUAAAUAGCAACAUUUGUUUCUUAACUGCAAUUCAAAAUAUAAUAUAAUAUUUUUCUAAAAAAGUAUUCUCCGAUGAAAGAUGUUAACUAUGUUUUAUUUUAAUAAAUAAAAAGUAUUCAAUUUUUAAUUUUUUAGAUUGUGUCCAAAAACCAGUUGAGGGAAUCGAAGUUACUUGAUGAAAUUAAUAAUUUACAAUUUGAGUUGAAUAAACAAACUGAUGCUUUAGUAACUGCUGAAAAUGAAGUUUUAUUAUCUAAGGACGCUUUAGAAGAAAUGUUCUCACAGAAAUUUAAUGCAAAUGAUGUCAAAAAAAAUAUGUCACUAGUCAAAUUAUCUGCUGAAAUUAAAUCUGCAAAACAAAUUGGAGAAAGUUAUAAAAAGAAACUAGAUGAAUCUUUAAAAUCAAAUCAAGAAUAUUUAGGUCAGCAUUAUUUGAUAAUGUUUCAUAAUUUAUAAAUAUAACAAAAAUAAUAACAAUCAUGACUAUGUUUAUAGAUCAAAUAGAUGAUUUAAAAAGUAAUAUAGUAAAUUUAGAAGAGAAAUGUUCACAAUUAAAAAUCAGUAAUGAAGAGUCUUUAUCUAAAUUAAAUAUACUUACACAAUUUUUCAAAGAACAGGAAAAAGAGUACAUUAAGUAUGUAUUUGUAUUAUAUAUAAAAAGUGUGGGAAAAGAACUUCCUUAUUCUAAAAUUGAAUAACAAACAAAAUAAGAGAUCAGUUUCAUUCUUUUAUGUUUUAAAAAUUAUAUCAUUAAGGUGUCCUCCAUUUUGGUCAAUGCAUUGAGAUAAUAGUUGAAUUUUAAAGUUGCUUUCCAUUAUUUUCAUCAUAUUGAUGGAUAUGCUGUUGAUACCAGCUUGAAUAUUGUUCUUGAGGUGACCCAGAUAUUUGGACGGUCAAUAUAAACUAGGAAUUUCAGAUAGUCCCACAAAAAAAAAAAAUCAAAGGGGUUAAUUCGGGUGAGCAUGCUAGCCACUUAAGACUGUUCCUAAGGAGAUGAUGUGCCUGGGGAAAUUUGAUCGCAAAAUAUUCAUUGACAUGUGGAUUGUGGCACCGUCCUGCUGAAUCCAAAUAUCUCCUACAUUCAUUUCAUCAAGUUUUGAUACAAAAAAAUCAAUCAUGUGGACAUAAUGUACAGAAUUUACUAUAACUGUUUGGCUGUUUUUCUUUUUAAAAAUCCAUGGUUCAGUGAUGCCUAUUCUGGACAAUGCACACCAAACAGUCACAUGUUCUGUAUGUAUUGGCUGUCUAAUGUUUCCUACAUGGUAAGAAAACGUAAGAUCUCGCCCUUUUGAAUGAGUGUCACCCUACCCUUCUUGGAAUAACAUUCACUAGAAAACACCUAUUUUACAAAAGGAAGUUCUUUUGCCGCACAUGUACUUAGAAUAUUUAUUUUUUUUUUUAUUAGUUUUCAAUUUUCUAUUAUUAAAUAAAGGUCACUUUCAAGAUUUCUUAAGAAUUGUGAAUUUGUAUACAUGUAUUUUAUACAAUAUUAGUAUUUAAAAUAAUGAUAAUAAUAAGAAAAUGUUAUUAAUGUUAAUUUUUGUACAGGCAAAUAAAUGAUAAAGCAAUGGUAUGUGAUGAUAAAGAUGAGGAAUCUAGUAAUCUUCAUGAACGUUUAAAAUCCCUUAACCAAGAAAUCACUAAUUACAAGUAAGUUAUGACAUUUAUGAUUGUGAUCAUUAAUCACUAUCAAGUAAGAGCAUGCCAGGCAGCAAUGGUUAGAUUGAACACUUUAAAAUGUUAUAACUAUAUAUUUCACAAAUGUUUAGAUCAGAAAUUCAGUCAUUGAAGAAAGAAAUAAUUGAUCAAGAAGCUAGUUUUAAAAUCCAAAUAUCUGCUGAAACAAAAAAAGCUAAUGAUCAUUGGGUUUGUUUACUAUUAUAGUCUUAAUACUUAACUAUAAUUUGGUGUAUUCACGAACAACUUUGUUCAUAUUUUUUUUUAAAGAUAUCAUUCAGACAAGCUGAGAGAAAACUUAAAGAAAUGGAACUUGAAACUGCACAACUUAGAAAUAAAUUAACUAUGGUCGAUAAGAAACUUGAAAAUGAUACAAGUAUGUUCAGUAUUUUAUUCAUUACCUACUAUAUUUCCAAAAUAUCUAUUGGAAAAUUUCAGUUUUGUGCAAUACAGUACUUCGUUUUUAAAGAAUAAGGAAAUAAUAACCUACAGACUUAAAUUAUGGUUUUUUUAAAAAAUUUAAAUGUUGAUUAUACAACAGAAUUGUAGAGUAGUAUUAAGGUGUUUACACUAUAGUGAACACAUACAAAUAUCUACUAUAGCAUUUGUUUGUGUCGAAGCAGUUUGAUCCAGUGGCGAUCCUUUCAAAUUUCCCAUUCAAUUUGAAUGAUAUCUGGCUAUCAUUAUUAAUUCACCAGCAUUCAUGUGAUAACUACCUAGAUUUAUCAAAUUAUUCUAAAAAUGUUUGUAUUAAAGACCUGGGAUUGAAAGAUAGUAAAUAUGUAACAAAUGGAUCCAAAUAAAUAAAUAAAUAAAUAAAUGAUGAAUUUGUUCAGUAUCAAAUAUUCCUACUUGUUUAUGUUCGUGUCAUGAUAUAAACACACCCUUUUAAAAGCAAAACUCUAUACAGCAUUAAAUGUAUUCGUUAUUAUAAUACUAAUGGUAUUUAAAGUAAGAUACUAUAGAACACAAUAAUAUUAAAUAAGAAUUUAGUUUUUAAAAAACAUUAUAUUUUUUAUAUAUUAAACAAUACUGUACAGAAUAGUUAUUACUAAUUAGUGUACAUUUUUUUUACUUUUGUAUUAAUAAGUAUCAUUUUAAUUUUUUUACAGGAAGCAUAGAUUCAUCUAAAGAUUUUGAAGAUGAAUUGUUGGACAUUCCAUUACCAAUUGUGUCUCCAGAUUUUACUUUACUUGACUUUGAGCCUCCCCCUCCAAUUUUCUCACCUACUUUUUUACAACAUGUGUCAGCUGACCAACGAUUACCGCCACUUGGUGCUUUAGGUCAAGCUUCAAGUCCACCAAUCCCUUCAUCCAGACGGCACAACAGAUCCUUGUCACCUGGUUCUCCAUCACCUCAACAAAGGUCUUCCUUAUUUAGGCCAUUGCCUCUAAGACACAACUAUAUAAAUCGUCAAAGUAAGAUAAUAUAUAUGCAACAAUAAUUAAAAAAUUUGAGUUAUUAAUAUUUGGUUUUUUCCAGAUUCAUUGGGUCAUUCAACUGAAUCACUUGACAAAUAA